UUCAAGAUACUUGGAAUCAAGAGAGUUUAGCAGUCACCAUAUAAAUGAUAAUCUUAUGGUCUUGCUCAUCUUCUGCAGAUCUAAAAGGUUUGGGCUUGCAGACAGGUUCUUUUAGUUUGAGGCAGAUUAAAGCAGCUACCAACAACUUUGAUCUUGCUAAUAAGAUUGGAGAAGGUGGUUUUGGUCCUGUUUACAAGGGCCAGUUGACAGAUGGUAAGGCUAUUGCUGUUAAGCAGCUAUCAGCGAAAUCAAAGCAAGGAAAUCGCGAAUUUGUGAAUGAAAUUGGCAUGAUUUCUGCUGUGCAACAUCCUCAUCUUGUAAAGCUAUAUGGAUGUUGUAUUGAAGGAAAUCAACUCUUGCUAAUAUACGAGUACAUGGAGAACAACAGCCUUGCUCGUGCAUUAUUUGGCCCAGAAGAAUGCCGGUUGAAAUUAGAUUGGCCAACUAGACAAAAGAUCUGCAUUGGUAUAGCAAGAGGUUUAGCUUAUCUCCAUGAAGAAUCAAGGUUGAAGAUCGUGCACCGAGAUAUCAAGGCUACCAAUGUAUUGCUUGACAAGGAUCUAAAUCCUAAAAUAUCUGACUUUGGACUUGCCAAGCUUGAUGAAGAGGAUAAUACCCAUAUUAGUACUCGCAUUGCUGGAACUAUGGGUUACAUGGCUCCUGAAUAUGCAACACGGGGUUACUUAACUGACAAAGCAGAUGUUUAUAGUUUUGGAAUUGUGGCCUUGGAAAUUGUCAGUGGAAGAAGCAACACAAUUAGCAAAACAAAAGAAAAUAGCUUUUAUCUUAUUGAUUGGGCUCUUCUUUUGAAGGAGAAAGGCAACUUGUUAGAAUUAGUUGAUCCAAGAUUGGGAUCUAACUACAACAAAAAUGAAGCAAUUAAAAUGAUAAAUGUGGUACUGCUAUGCACAAACCCUGCUCCAACUGCUAGGCCUAUUAUGUCUUCUGUAGUGAGCAUGCUUGAAGGGAAGACUAAUGUUGAUGAGUUGAGUCUCGAUCUUGGUACAUCUAUAGAAUCAUUGAGGAAAUUCUAUCAGACUCUUGAAGAAGAAGGUGCUCAAGAAAACCAAACACAGAGUACGUUAGUAGAAUCUUUGCGACUUCCCUCUUCUUCUUCAUCUGCAGCUGACCUCUAUCCAAUCAAUUUGAGCUCUAGUUAUUUGCAAAAUAGAGAUUAGAACGAGGAGAAUUCUGCAAAUCAUCUUGCUAUUGGCCCUGAGAACAUUUAUAAGUACUUAAAUUAAUUUGGAUUUUAGAUUGUUCGAGUCUACAGAACAUAUAUCAUGUUAAAGCACAGUUGAGGUUUGAAUUGUGGCAUCAUUGUAAUAUAGUUUGGUAAGGAAAUACAACAAUGAUAAACCAUCUGGUAGAGGAAGGACAUUCAAUCUGUUUACCAUCACCAACUUCAGAAUAAGUAAUAAUGUGUAUG